CUUCAGCAGAGAGUGACACAAGCUGCGACUCAGGCCGCUGCUAAUGCCGCUGUGAACGAGCUGAUGGAUGCGUUCAGGAUCAAGUCCAGCGGGUUUUUAUGCUACGCAACAAUUAUUAAAGACAUCAAAAGAUGUUAAAGUCGAUAUAUUAGAAAAACUACCAGUUCCAUUUGGUUUAGUACGUUUUGGUGUAGCACCGGAUCAUCCAGAAGUGAAAAAUGUUAUCAAUACAUUUCAUAAAACUGCUAUGAAUCCACGUGUUCAAUUUAUUGGUAAUGUUAACGUUGGAAAAGAUGUUACUGUUGAUCAACUACAAGAAUUGUAUCAUGCUGUACUACUUACUUAUGGAGCAGAAGAAGAUAGAUUACUUAACAUUCCUGGAGAAGAUUUAAAAAAUGUAAUAUCAGGGCGUCAAUUUGUAGGAUGGUACAAUGGUCUACCCACUAAUAAAAAUUUAGAUAUAAAUUUAGAUGUAGAAGAAGCAGUUAUAUUGGGUCAAGGUAACGUGGCAAUAGAUAUUGCAAGAAUUCUUUUAACAUCUAUUGAUCAUCUAAAGAGUACAGAUAUAACGAUGCAUGCACUAGAACAACUUUCAAAGAGCAAAGUGCGUAAGGUUCUAUUAGUAGGAAGAAGAGGUCCGUUGCAAGCUGCAUUCACUAUUGCAGAAUUACGAGAAAUUUUAAAACUCGAAAAUUGUACAACAUUUUGGCGAACAGAAGAUUUUACUGGUAUAAACGAAAUUGUUCCUACAUUAGCAAGACCAAGAAAACGAUUGACAGAACUUAUGUUGAAGUCUUUAAACGAACAAUCAAAUAUUAAUCAUAUGACAAUUAUAAAUGAAUUACAUCCGAUAUUUCUGAGAAGUCCUAUAGAAUUUCUUGGUUGUAAAAGUGUUGAAAAGAUCAAGUUUUCAGUGAAUAAACUUCAAGGAGAUAACAUAAAUUCGCAAAUAGCAAUACCUACUAAUGAAAUAGAAGAAAUAUCAUGCGGUAUUGCUUUUCGAAGCAUUGGUUAUAAAUCAGUACAAAUUGAUAAAUCAAUACCGUUUAAUAAUAAAAAUGGUCGUGUGAAAAAUGUUGGAAAAGUGAAAGAAAAUCUUUAUGCUGCUGGAUGGGUUGCAACUGGUCCUGUUGGUGUAAUAUUAUCUACAAUGACCAAUGCAUUUGAAAUUGCUUCGCUCAUAAAUAAAGAACUUCUUUCAGUUAAAGAAAAUAAACUUGGUUACGAAGGUCUCAAUCAAAUUCUUAAUAUGAAAAAUAUUCCUACAGUAUCGUAUAGUGGCUGGGAAAAAAUAGAUCAAGUAGAACGACAAAGAGGUAAAGACUUGGGUAAGCCAAGAGAAAAGAUAGUUAGUAUAUCAGAAAUGUUAAAUAUUGCAUUGAAUUAAUAAGAUUUAUUAUUUAUAAAUAUAUUUGAAACUAAUAUGUAUA